AUGGCGUCACUUCCUGCUUCAGGAGUACUGGUGGAAGCGGAAGAGUUCCGUGACUUUGGUGGCUGGAUCUUGGACUCGCAAUUCGACUCGGAGAUGGGAUCGCCAUAUCUCCUCGCUCACGGUAACGGCAAGCCAGUCGCGGAUGCAACAACUACCAUAUCAGCGGAAAAGGGCCGUUACAAUAUUUGGGUUCGCGCCAAGGACUGGGUUCCAGCUCAUCAUCCUGGUCAAUUUACCCUGACUAUCAACGGAAACACGCUUGACACAGUAUUCGGCGUCAAUGGCAAAGAUUGGCACUGGCAGUAUGUUGGCACAGUAGAUCUCCUAGGGGAUGACGUGCGACUGGUGCUGCACGAUCUGACGGGAUUUUGCGGCCGUUGCGAUGCAAUUUUUCUCAGCAUGGAGGACACAUCGCCGCCCAAUGGAAUAGACGAAGCAUCGCGUGCCUGGCGGAGACGACUACGUGGUAUACCUGAUCAGCCUCACAAUGCAGGGUCAUUCGAUGUUGUUGUCGUCGGAGGAGGCAUACCUGGCUGUACAGCCGCAUUGACAGCUGCACGAAUGGGGGAUCGUGUUGCCCUUAUUCAAGACCGUCCUUACCUCGGCGGCAAUGCCAGCGUAGAGAUCGGGCUCACUCCACGCGGUAUGACCAACUCCAUCAUCCAAGAGCUCUCUCAUCGCGACCUUGACGGCGACCUAGUCGCGAAGCAGCUGCUUGAUGCAGAACCCAACGCCACAGCGUUCAUGGAAUACACUGUUUACGAUGCAGCCCUCACCGGUUCGCAGAUAACAUCGGUGAAGGCCCGACAUGCCCGCACUGGAAAGGAGAUUUGCCUUUCAGCUCCAGUCUUCAUUGAUUGCUCUGGCAAAGCCAUUCUUGGUAUCUGCACUGGCGCAGAGACCCUUUUUGGUCAGGAGUCCAAGGCGAUGUAUGGCGAAAGCCUUGCGCCUACAGUAGCUGAUGAGAUGCAUCACGGACACACAGUCUUUUUUCGAACUCGGAUGGGCGACAAACUUGCCCCCUUUCCGUCUGUUCCUUGGGCCACUGAGGUCGCCAAAGACUACUCUGAUCUUCGGGGUCAGCUCAGUAAGCCCGGUCUUGAGAAUGGCCCGGGACCUCUUGUUGUGCCUCCGAAUUUUGUACUCGAUCCUGCCAUGGAUAUGAAGAUGAAGGGACCUCUUACCCACUUCUGGGAGUACGGCCAAUGGCUCGAUCCAUAUACUAAUGGUGAACAUAUUCGGGACCAUCUCUUGCGCGCCAUCUACGGGACUUUCCACAACGUGAAAGAGAUGGAGCCCGAGACUUACGCGAAUCUGGAAUUCGAUUGGGUAGCAUUUGUGGCUGCUCAGGGAGAGUUCAAGAAGUACAAGGGAGACUACAUUCUUACAGAGACCGAUAUCCGCGAUCACAAAGUCUUCCCCGACGCUGUGGUUCAGAAUGCAGGCGCCUUUUGUCUACAUUACCCAGGCGACAAAAAGUACGACUUCCGUCUGCAGGCCUGGGAAUGGGAUGAGCGGGAUAAAAAGCCUUACGACAUCCCUUUCCGGUGUCUCUAUUCGUCUAAUAUCUCGAACUUGAUGAUGGCGGGGAAACAUAUCAGCACUACGCACAUUGGUGGAUCCAACGCCAAGUUCAUGGCCAAUGGAGGAUGCCACGCUCUGGCAACAGCUGCCGCGGCGCACUUGUGCAUUAAGCACCAAACCAAUCCUCGUGGUAUCUAUGAGAAACACCUUCAAGAGUUGAAGGCAACUGUCAUCCGCCAGGGCCAGGGUAUCUGGGACAGAAAAUCGGACAACAGACUGUAA